AUGAUCACCAUGCGCACUCCAGUCUUGCUCGCCGCCGGCGCUCUUCUUCUCCAGGUGUCUCACGCGUGCCGGGCCACCGAAGAGUACAGUUUUGAAGCUACUAGCUUUUCCACGGCCGCAGCCUCGUCCGGGGACGCGGAGCCGCUGCGUCUUCUCAAGACCUCUGACGACGAUUCAGGGACGUGGGUCACGGAAGAGGAGAAGAUCCACGAGUACAUGCUGAAGCACGUCCACUUUAUGGAUGUGACCGAAACCCAGGAGCUCGAGGAACUCGGCGCAAGCCGUCACGCUGCCUUGGCGAAGCGCCAGUCACCCUACCCUGCACCCAGCAGGCAGAGCAUUGCCAACCCCAUUAUCGCCAGGCUUGUCCAGAACAAUGUGCAGAGCACAAUCACGGGUCUCUCUAAUAUUUACAAUCGAUACUACAGAGGCUCCUAUGCGGCAACGAGCGCAAGCUAUGUACUCAACGCAGUGCGGUCGGCGGCAUCCAGCAACCCUGCCAUCACCGUCAGACAGUUCACACACUCCUUCAACCAGCCCAGCGUGAUUGCCACCAUACCGGGCACUUCACCACGGAGAGUCAUCGUCACGGCGCACUAUGACAGCAUCAACUCAGCUAGUGUCACGGGCAGGGCUCCUGGUGCUGACGACAACGCCUCUGGCGUCGCCUCCAUCCUCGAGGCUCUCCGAGCGCUCGCCGCCGCCAGAUAUGCACCAGGCAACACUCUCGAGUUUCACUUCUACGGCGGUGAGGAAGGAGGUCUGCUCGGUGCGCGUGAUGUCUUCAACCGCUACGCCGCUGACAACGUCGACGUCCUGGCCGUGCUGAACCAGGACAUGACGGGCUACUCGACGAACAAUGUCAUUGCCGUCUACACAGAUUAUGUUGACGCCGGCUUGACCACCUACAUGCGGCGCCUGGUGCCCGUGUACACGACCCUGGGCCUCGUCACGGACCGAUGCGGCUACGGCUGCUCCGACCAUGCGGCGGCGCGCGCUGCUGGAUACCCAGCGUCCUACGUGUGCGCCGACACCAUGUCGGAUUCCAGCCCGUACAUUCACACGGCCAACGACACGCCGCGCGGCUCCUUCUAUGCGCACGCCCUACAGCACAGCAGACUGACCGUUGGAUUCUUGGUCGAGGGGUCUUUUUGGUAG